GGGCAGGUCUGGGCUGCUGGUGCCACAGCAGUCUCCCUCCCCUGGGACUUUGGGACUGCUACCCACCCCUGUUCCUUCCUUUGUGAGAUGGGGCUAGCAGUAACUGUCUUGUUUCGUCAGAGGCAGUAUUGCAUAAUGAAUGAGAGCCUGGGCCUGAAUUAGGCACAAGUGCAAGCCCUCAGAAAACUAUGUAGACCUAGAGAGAGAGACACACACGUCUGUAUGGCAGAGAGGCAGGGUUUGGGAAUGUUCUGAUUUCAUGUUUUGAAUUGGUAUGACCUUUGGGAGGAUAUCCUUGGAAUCACAGAGCUUCAUUUACAUCAUGACUCUUUCCUGCCCACCCACAUUUUCUGUGAGGCCAGAGUUUUAAAUGUGGACCCCGUGAGCUUUUUUCUGUUGCCGCAUUUUGGCCUGUGGCCUUUUGUUUUCUUGGUAUGUCAUGAGGCAAAAUAAAAUGAAACUCAGUGCUGGUUAAUAACUCCCAUCAUAAUGUAUAUUUCUGUGAAUGGCUUUUACCCAUUUGAGAGGAAAAAGUGUCAUGUAAAUUUCAGAAAGGCCUGAUUGGCUGGAGAGUCAGUGUAGUGUCACAGUUAAGAGUAUAGAUUUAAAAAAAUUUUUUAUUAUCGUAAAAAAAAGACAUAAACAUAAUACUACCAUCUAAACCAUAUUUAAGUAUAAAGUUCAGUAGUGUUAAGUAUAUUCACAUUGUUGUGCAGUGGAUCUGCAGCAUUUUUCAUCUUGUUAAACUGAAACUCUAUGCCCAAUAAACAACUCCUAUUUCCCCCCCCUCCCAGCCCCUGGCAGCCACUGUUCUACUUUCUGUUUCUCUGAGUUUGACUACUGUAGAUAACUCAUAUAAGUAGAGUCAUACGGUAUUCGUCUUCUUAUUUCUGGUUUAUUUCGCUUAGCAUAAUGUCCUCAAGGUUCAUUCACGUUGUAGCAUAUGACAGGAUUUCUCUCUUUUUUCCCCCUCUUUUUUUUGAGUUAUAUUCUGUUGUAUGUAUAUUUCACAUUUUCUUCAUUCAUCUGUUGACAUUCAUCUGCUUCCACCUUUUGGCUAUUGUGAAUACUGCAGCUAUGAACAUGGGUGUGCAAAUGUCUCUUCAAGAUCCUGCUUUCAGUUCUUUCGGAUAUAUACCCAGAACUGGGUUUGCUGGAUCGAUCAUAGUGUAGUUCUGUGAGUAACCCUCAUACUGUUUUCUGCAGCUGCUGUGCCAUUUUACGUUCCCACCAACAGCACUCAAGAGCUUCAGUUCCUCUACACCCUUAUCCAUACUUGUAAUCUUCUGGAUUGCAGAUUUUCUGGAUCAAUCUUCUGGAUUACACUUGAUUUUCUAUGUUGGGCCUGGAUGGUUAGAACAGUAUCCCUCCUUUGGACUGGUAAAUAUGUAAGUUUUUAUUAUAAAAUAAUGGCCAUCCUAGUGAGUGUGAGGUAAUAUCUCAUUGUGGUUUUGAUUUCCUUCAUGGUUAAUGUGAUUGGGCAUCAUUUCAUGUCCUGGUUGGCCAUUUAUGUUUCAUAUUUGGGGAAAUGUCUUUUCAAGUCUCAAGUCCUUUGCCCAUUUUUUAAUUGAGUUAUUUGAUUUUCUGCUGUUGAGUAUGGAUUAUUAAAUCAGACUGGCCUGAACUUAAAUCAUGGCCCUUCCAUUUUUGACCAAAAGCAGCUGCGCGUCCCAUUUGUGCCUUGGUUUCUUCGGUGUAAUGCCAGUGUAAUGAUAGCCCCACCUUGUAGUUAAGAGUGUUGGGGCAGUCAGUGAGGAAGCACUCACUCCACAGGAGCUUGUUAUGUAAGGAGAAGGCAGCCGGUCCAUUCCUAAUAGGGGUCUGAAGGAAGGAAGAAGGGCUGAAGGAAGUAAAAAGAGCCUCCUCAAUGAAUGGCAGCCAUUCUUGAAAUCCAGCCUGGCUGCCUUCAUUUUUAAUGUCAGUGGACUUUUAAGACAACAAAAAGGAUGUUCUUGGAUGACCAGAGACUAUGGCAGAGGGAGGAUGGUCACGUUGCCAAGGAUCUCUCUCAACCUCCUGGAUAGUGUGCUGCUGGUGGUUUGCACAAUGGCUUCAGCUUUUUGGCAAAGUGCAUGUAAAAGCCUGAAGUCACAGCCAGAGGAAACCUGGUUCCUGAGACAGCAGCUUGAUGCUCCUGCCCCAUCCCAGGUGCACACCUCACUGGGCAGCUCUGGCUCUGAAUUGAGGGACAGCAAAAACCUCUAACCAACCAUACCGAAAAGCAGGCACUGGGGGCUUUGGGGGAAGGUUCUUUGCAAAACUCAUAAUAGGGAGAGACAAAAGACAGGGAAUCAUUGUAAAGAAGUUAGUCAUAGAUGCUUCACUCUUUAAAAUCAUCCCAGCACAAGGUUAAACAACAUGCAGUUUUCACGAUGUCCCAGAAAGCGACGAGUGCAGCGAGGUGAAGUGUGGCCAUCUGAGCACACAAUGACCAGGCUUGGAAGGAUCGAUUUCCCCUGUGCUGGCCCUCAGAAUUUAAGGCACAACUUUUAAGCUGAGUGUGCAGCACUCGAUUUUCUGUGUUGGGCCUGGAUGUUUAGAAAAGUAUCUCUCCUUCGGAGUGGUAAAUAUGCAAGUUUUUUACUGAAUUACUUCAUUUAAUCAAAGCAGCCGACUUUUCCUGCCUCCCCUCUUUCUGUCUUGGGGUUGAAUAUUUGGUCCUAUGUAACAACUCUUGAUUCUUAAUGAUACCAAAUGGAAGCUGUGUGUGCUGGGAUUUGCCAUAUUCAGUUAUGAUCAGUAGAGACUUUCUUAGUCUCUCUCUUUUUUUUUUUUCGGAGACAGAUUCUUGCUCUGUCACCCAGGCUGGAGUGCAGUGGCCUAAUCUUGGCUCACUGCAACCUCUGCCUCUUGGGUUCAAAUGAUUCUCCUGCCUCAGCCUCCCAAGUAGCUGGGAUUGCAGGUGCGCACCACCACACUUGGCUAAUUUUUUUAUUUUUAGUAGAGACAGGGUUUUGCCAUGUUGGCCAGACUGGUCUUCAACUCCUGACCUUGUCAUCCGCCCGUCUCGGUCUCCCAAAGUGCUAGGAUUACAGGCGUGAGCCACCGCGCAUGGCCACAGUAAGUAGAGACUUUUGAAAGGAAAUAUUACCUCUUUAAUGACGUUUUUAGUCCAAGUAAAUUGUGGUAAUGUUUAAGAAAUUUGCUUACCACAAAAACAGUUUUCAAGGAGCAUUUGAACUUGUCCACUUUAAGUCAUAAAACAGAUUAAAGUGUUUGAAAUCUAUUGGGAUUGUAAAUAUAUGUCAGUGUACUGACUUUUAAGAGAUCUUGAUGAUCAUAUCGUCUGUUUUCAUUUUCUACUACAUGAGAACAUUGAAGCCUGAAACUUAACACAACUAAAACCCGAGUUCCCCACUUGUCUAAGAGUCAUAGAUACCUAAAAAGUAUGCUACUUCCCAAGUUGAUUUCUUUCAGGAUAUGGGCCCUUCAAAGGAAAGCAGUGAGGCUGGGGUUUUCCAGGUGGAAAGGUCACAUUUCCACAUAUAACUCAGUGAACAUUGUAUUGGGUUGGGAGAAGAAUUGGUUCACUAUUUUAAACUUUUUGUUUCAUCGUGAGGACUUCCCCAUCCCCUCUCCUCAGCAAAGCACAAAAGUAUUUCCUAAUUUUUAAGUCAUGGGCUUCCUUUAAUGGAUUCUGGCCUCAGAUCACUUCCAGAUAAGCAUUGUAUAAUGGGAUGGGUGGGGUUAGAUAUUUUGGUCACAGAUGCAUGAGAGGAGGGAGGGUGGAGGGCAGCAAAGUUUGUAACUGGAGCCUAUAGCAGUUUAUCUCUUGUCAUUGGCCAGGUCACAGAGUCUCACUUCAGGACAGCUGUGCAAGCAGAACCCCCAUCAGGGUUUUCUUGAUGCCUUUGACAAUCAGCUGUACAUGCCUCUGGGACCUUUCCUCCUCCUUUCUCUUUUUAUUUUUUUCCCUUGGUCACAUGUUUCAUUCUACUAAAUGUCUAACCAGCUCUUCUCUGCAAAUUACAGAGCUGUGAUGGCACUUUGCUCGUUGAUUAUCUCUGGUUGAAUAGUUUCCAAUGGUACUUCUCUGGAGAUGAGUCCUGUAUUAGUCCGUUCUCACACUGCUAAUAAAAACAUACCUGAGACUGGGUAAUUUAUAAAGGAAAGAGGUUGACUCACAGUUCAGCAUGGCUGGGGAGGCCUCAGGAAACUUACAAUCGUGGUGGAAGGGGAAGCAAACAUAUCCUUCACAUGGCAGCAGGAGAGAGAAGUGCCAAGCAAAAGGGGGAAAAGCCCCUUAUGAAACCAUCAGAUCUCAUGAGAACUAACUCACUAUCAUGAGAACAGGAUGGGGGAAACUGCCCCCAUGAUUAAAUUAUCUCCACCUGGUCCCUCCCACGACAUGGGGAUUAUGAGAACUACAAUUCAAGAUGAGAAUUGGGUGGGGACAUAGCCAAACCACAUUAAAUCCCAAGUGCUCAUGUCUGGCCCUGAUUCCUUUAUAUGAGACUGGGGUCAUGAUCCUCCUGCACCCGUCUUCUGAGUCCUAUUCCUACUUGGGCACACUUAGGCACUUCAGCAUCUGCAUCCCAUUGAUGUCUUAAGGGUGGUUCCAGACCUUGGAGGUGCACACGACACACUGCUGAUGAAAACCUAGAAUAUAGAAUGGAAGUUACAUUUAUUCAUAGAGUGAAAAUCCAAAAAUAGACCAGAGAGAAAAUAUAUGAAAAUAUCAAGAAUGCUUAUCUUAGGGAGGUAGGAUUAUAGGUAACUUUUUUUUCCUUAGAUAAAUAUAUAGAUAGAUAUAUUAGUGUUUACAGUUUCUCUGCCACCAACUAAAAUACUUUUUUCAGGAGGAAAAAAAAACCCAGCCAGCCAACAUAUCUAAAAACCAUCUCCUGGGCCCAAGAGGGAAAAAUUGGGCUCCUUUUCUUGAAAUUGCCAUUUGUGCCACUGUUGUGUUAUUUUACCAGUCACUCCAGAUUCCAGGCUCCUCUACCUGAGUUCUCUCUCCUUCCACAGUGGAGCUCAUACCUUCCUGUUUCCUGGCUGCCACUCAGAUUUAGGUUCCGUUUUUCAGACCUCAGUGGCUGUAAUAGCUGUUCCUUCUACCGCUUGGGAUGGUUCUUUCUGCAAUAGCCUUUAUCAUCACAUCAUCAGAGGAUGAUAGCUCUUAAUGAGGAUCUAAAAUUUGCAGAUUAUUCAGAGCUUGGAGAGCUUCCCCCUCGAUCUCCUUUAGAACCAGUUUGUGAAGAUGGGCCCUUUGGCCCCCCACCAGAGGAAAAGAAAAGGACAUCUCGUGAGCUCCGAGAGCUGUGGCAAAAGGCUAUCCUUCAACAGAUACUGCUGCUCAGAAUGGAGAAGGAAAAUCAGAAGCUCCAAGCCUCCGAAAAUGAUUUGCUGAACAAGCGCCUGAAGCUCGAUUAUGAAGAAAUUACUCCCUGUCUUAAAGAAGUAACUACAGUGUGGGAAAAGAUGCUUAGCACUCCAGGAAGAUCAAAAAUUAAGUUUGACAUGGAAAAAAUGCACUCGGCUGUUGGGCAAGGUGUGCCACGUCAUCACCGAGGUGAAAUCUGGAAAUUUCUAGCUGAGCAAUUCCACCUUAAACACCAGUUUCCCAGCAAACAGCAGCCAAAGGAUGUGCCAUACAAAGAACUCUUAAAGCAGCUGACUUCCCAGCAGCAUGCGAUUCUUAUUGACCUUGGGCGAACCUUUCCUACACACCCAUACUUCUCUGCCCAGCUUGGAGCAGGACAGCUGUCGCUUUACAACAUUUUGAAGGCCUACUCACUUCUAGACCAGGAAGUAGGAUAUUGCCAAGGUCUCAGCUUUGUAGCAGGCAUUUUGCUUCUUCAUAUGAGUGAGGAAGAGGCGUUUAAAAUGCUCAAGUUUCUGAUGUUUGACAUGGGGCUGCGGAAACAGUAUCGGCCAGACAUGAUUAUUUUACAGAUCCAGAUGUACCAGCUCUCAAGGUUGCUUCAUGAUUACCACAGAGACCUCUACAAUCACCUGGAGGAGCACGAGAUCGGCCCCAGCCUCUACGCUGCCCCCUGGUUCCUCACCAUGUUUGCCUCACAGUUCCCGCUGGGAUUCGUAGCCAGAGUCUUUGAUAUGAUUUUUCUUCAGGGAACAGAGGUCAUAUUUAAAGUGGCUUUAAGUCUGUUGGGAAGCCAUAAGCCCUUGAUUCUGCAGCAUGAAAACCUAGAAACCAUAGUUGACUUUAUAAAAAGCACGCUACCCAACCUUGGCUUGGUACAGAUGGAAAAGACCAUCAAUCAGGUAUUUGAGAUGGACAUUGCUAAACAGUUACAAGCUUAUGAAGUUGAGUACCACGUCCUUCAAGAAGAACUUAUCGAUUCCUCUCCUCUCAGUGACAACCAAAGAAUGGAUAAAUUAGAGAAAACCAACAGCAGCUUACGCAAACAGAACCUUGACCUCCUUGAACAGUUGCAGGUGGCAAAUGGUAGGAUCCAAAGCCUGGAAGCCACCAUUGAGAAGCUCCUGAGCAGCGAGAGCAAGCUGAAGCAGGCCAUGCUUACCUUAGAACUGGAGCGCUCGGCCCUGCUGCAGACGGUGGAGGAACUGCGGCGGCAGAGCGCAGAGCCCAGCGACCGAGAGCCUGAGUGCACGCAGCCUGAGCCCACGGGCGACUGACAGCUCUGCAGGAGAGAUUGCAACACCAUCCCACACUGUCCAGGCCUUAACUGAGAGGGACAGAAGACGCUGGAAGGAGAGAAGGAAGCGGGAAGUGUGCUUCUCAGGGAGGAAACCGGCUUGCCAGCAAGUAGAUUAGAACUCCAACUUGCAAUUCAGGGGGCAUGUCCCAGUGAUUUUUUUGUUGUUUUUAGAUACUAAAUCUUCCCUUCUCCAGUCCUGAUUACUGUACACAGUAGCUCUAGAUGGCGUGGACGCGAAUAAAUGCAACUUAUGUUUU